GUAAACUAUAGUCAUACGAAUGAGAAUAUUUCAAUUUUUUUAGAUUUGUGUUUGAAAUAUAAAUUAUUAAAAGUUUAAUUCAAUUUCAUGAUAUUAUACUAACAAAAUAACUGUUUAUCAUUAUUCAAAUAUUAUUGUACAUUAUUACCCAUGUAAUAAAUUUCACUGAUAUAUUUAUAAUAGGUAUCUAAAUAGCAUAAUUUUAUACAUAUUAUAUUCGGUAAGACAAUAUUUCUUUGGGUCAAUAUUUGAUCCCAGUUCUCUAACCAAUGAUAGUAUUACAGAUAAUGGAUCAUCAAGUACCAAUUGUAAGGAAAUUAGCAGAGGAUGUUGUGAAUAGAAUUGCUGCUGGUGAAGUGAUUCAGAGACCAGCUAACGCGCUAAAAGAACUUCUAGAAAACAGGUAAUUUUCAAAUAAGGUAUUUUUUCCUAAUAAGAAAACAAAAAAUUGUUUUAGCAAAUUUAAAAACAAUAAUUUUUUUUACCCAACCAUAAUAUAUGUAAAUCAUAGUUAUUAAUUUAGUUGUUAUAAUAUCAUUUAAUUAUUAUUUGUAUUUCUUUUGUUUUUCAGCUUAGACGCGAAAUCUACAAACAUUCAAGUCACUUUAAAAAAUGGAGGAUUAAAAUUUCUUCAGGUAUUCAACAAUAAUUAUUAUGUAUUUAUAAGAACCAUUCAUUAUUAUACUACAAAACACAAUAUUUGUAUCUAUUAUAUAGAUACAAGACAAUGGUACAGGUAUUAGGACUGAAGAUUUAGGUAUUGUAUGUGAACGUUUCACUACUAGUAAGUUACAGCAAUUUGAAGAUCUAACUUCAAUAUCUACUUACGGAUUUCGAGGUGAGGCAUUAGCUAGUAUCAGCCAUGUUGCUCAUUUGACAAUAACAACAAAAACCAAUGGCGCUCUUUGUGCCUACAAGUACUUAUCAAUUAGUUAGAAAUAUUUUAGUAUAAAUACAUUGUAAACAUUUUUAUUAGAGCAUCGUACAUGGAUGGUAAAUUAAAAGCACCACCAAAAUCUUGUGCUGGUAAUAUUGGAACCAUUAUAACUGUGGAAGAUUUAUUCUACAACAUUGCUACUAGAAAAAAGUCAAUGAAGAGUUUUAAUGAAGAACAUUUAAAAGUUGUUGAAGUUGUAAGUAAUAAUGAUAAAUUAUCUUCUAUCAUAUUUUAUUUUGAACAUUAGGAUUUUUCAUUUUAUUUAAGUCAUUUAGUUACUAAUAACCAGGGUUUGGGAGUUUGGAACUUAUAACAGUUGCUUAGUUUUUUUGCUGAACAUUAAAUCUAAUAGACUUGUAGAAAUUUAUGCCAUAUUAUGAGUUUAAAAAUUAAAUUAAAAAUUUUUUUUUUAUUUAUAUCAUUUUUCAAUAAUAUCAUAAAAAAAAAUAUACUUUUAACUAAUUUUUUGCUUUUUAAAUAUUUUGAAAGUGUUUAUUUCAGGGUGGAAAAAAUGUAGUUUAACACCUUUGUUCAUUUUUUUUUUUUUAAGUGUGUGUUUUAAGUCAAUAAUUUUAAAAGUCAUAGCGAUUUGAAGAUUGUACAAGUCAACAUUAUGCAUUAUACACUGAACAAACAAUUGGUGAUGCGGGGGACAGUUUGUUAUAUUUCCUAGCCUCGCUAGUAUAUUAAAUUAUUUUUUUCACACAAUGAAUUUUUAGAAAAAUAUUAUAGUUUUCACAUUGUAAAUUUUAGUUGUUUUUAAAUAUAAUUUCAAAUAUUAGAAUUAUUUGAAUUAUAUAAAUAAAUGAAUACAUUUUAAAAGGUGAGCCGAUAUGCUAUACACAAUCCAUUGGUUGGAUUUACAGUUAAGAAACAAGGAGAAUCAUUAACUGAGGUUAAAACUAAUCAAGAUUCUUCUCAUAUUAAUAACAUACAAGCCAUUUACGGCUCAACAAUAUCUAGGUAAACGCUGAUAUAAUUUUUUAAUUUAUAAAAUUUAAAAGUAAUAAUUUUUUUUUUUUCAGAGCUUUGUUGGAAAUAGACACUUAUUGUAAUAUCCUUAAAGUCAAAAUAAAAGGCUAUGUAUCAAAUCCAAAUUUUUCAGCUAAGAAACAGAUAUUCAUAUUAUUUAUAAACAAUCGUCUAGUAGAUUCUCAAGGUAGAUUUGCAAAGAUAUAUAUAUUUAUUUAUAUAUUUAAUCAAAUCCUUUGAGGGUAUAUAAAAAUUUCAAAAUAAUUUUUAUAUUUAUAAAUUAAAAUAUAAUUUUAAUAUUAUAACAACAUUCAUUUAUCAGACAAAUGCUAUCUUAUAUCCUUAAAUAAAUGUAUAAAAUGUCUGAUUUUUUUUCCUAAUCUUCUAUUAGGAUUAAGAAAAGCUAUAGACCAGGUAUACAGCAUUUAUUUAGCUAAAGGAUCACAUCCAUUUGUAUAUUUGAGUUUGAACUUGGACCCACUGAAUGUUGAUGUCAAUGUUCAUCCGACAAAACAUGAAGUCCAUUUUUUACAUGAGGAUAAAGUAAUUGAUAAAGUAGUUGAUGCUAUUCAAGAAAAACUUUCUGGUACUAAUACAUCAAGAACAUUUUAUACUCAAGUAAAUACAUAUUUUAAUAUUUUUAAAACAAAGAAAACAAGAAAAUUAUUUAAAUAUUUCUGUUUUUUAAUUUAAUAUUUAAGACGAGGUUGCCAGGUUCUAGUGACACAUCAAUUGAUAAAUCUAAUGAAAAAAAAGAAAUUAAAGAAAAUGAAGAAUCAAAAGUAACAAUAAAUGUUUCGCAAAAUAAAAUGGUAAGAACAGAUUGUUCUGAGCAGAAAAUUGACAAAUUUCUUGAAACAAGUAAUAGCAGUAUGUUAAUGUUGCCUAAAUCAAAGAGUGAUGCUAUUAUUACCCGGUAAAUACUUUUUUAGUAUUUUAAUUAAUAUUUAACAAAUUGAUAAUUAAUUAAUAAUUGAUAUAAAUUAUGAAGACAAUUAUUUUUAUUAAAUUAGACGUGAAAUUAAGUUGAGCAGCAUUUUAUCUUUACGAAAAGAUAUUGAAAACCAUUGUAAUGAGACCUUACAGACAAUUUUUCAGAAUCAUAAAUAUGUUGGUGCAGCUUCUCCUACAUGGACAUUGUUUCAACAUGAUACAAACUUAUACAUUUGCAAUUCCAAUAAAGUGUUGUAUGUAUAAGUAUUUAAAAUAUUAUUAUCUUGCUAAGUAUUUAUAUUUUGGUAUUUAGGCAAGAAAUGUUUUACCAAAUCAUGAUGUACGAAUUUGGAAAUUUUGGUGUUAUAAAGUUUUCUGUAAGUUCCAAUAACAACUUAUUAUAUUUGUACAAAGUAUAAAAUACAAUUUUUAUUUUUUAUAGAAUGCAUUACCUAUUUAUGAGUUAAUAUUAAUAGCGUUGGAACAACCAGAAUCUGGAUAUCAAGGAGAAGACAAACCAAAAGAAGAAUUAGCUCGUGAUGCUACUGAAAUAUUAAUAUCUAGAGCUUCAAUGUUAAAUGAUUAUUUUUCAAUGGAAUUUGACACAGAUGCAAACAUAUUGUCUAUACCCUUGUUAUUGGGUGAGUUUAGUUACAAUAAAUAUAAAUAUUUGGUAGUAUUGAUUAUUGAGUAAAUAUAAUCAUUUUUAGAGGGAUUUUUACCAGAUUUAAAUGGAUUACCGUUGUACCUAUUGCGGUUAGCUAGUGAAGUUGAUUGGUCUGCCGAAAAAGAAUGUUUUAUGAGUUUUUGUCGAGAAACUGCUAAGUUUUAUGUAUUGCAUCCGUGGAAACAAUAUUGUAGCAACACAGAAGAUAUAUCAGUAUGUUUUAAUUUAAUAAAUAAAUAAAUUUAUUGUAUUAAUAAAUGCAAUACUAAUAUGCAAUUUUUUUUAGGAUACUUUAUCUGAUAACAAUUGGGCUUGGUGUUUAGAACAUGUGUUAUAUCCAUCUUUACGAAAAUCAUUUCAACCUCCAAGAAAGUUUUUAGAGGAUGGUACACUAUUACAAAUAGCUAGUUUACCUGAAAUGUACAAAGUAUUUGAGCGUUGUUGAAACAGUUCAAUAUGAUAGACUUUUUUAAAAAUGUAAAUGUUUAUAAUAUUAAUAUGUUCUAAUUAUAAUGAUUUUUUUUAUUUAUCUUGUAAGUUUAUUCAAUUUUAUUAUUUUACAAUAAUUAUCCAUAUUCAUUAUUUUGAGAUAAUAUAAUUGUAAAUGAUAGAACUAGAAAAAAAAUUAUUUUUGUAUGAUUCCGAAAAACUUUUGUGUGAAUGAAUUAAAACUGUUAAUCUAUCCACUUAUUAUUUGGUAAUUUGGAUCCCCUGACUAAGACGUCCGGGUCAAGGGCCCCAGUUUAAUCCGCCCUUUAGAUCCGGCCCUACCUGCUCUUAUCCGUUCCCCUAUCUUAUUGAAUUAUCAAUUAAUAUUCAAUAAUUCAAAAUUAUUAUUCAAAUUACUUUUAAACAGAAAUGUUGGUAAAUAAUUUGAAUAUAUUUUUUUUAAAUGUUUUAUCUUUUUUUCUGUAGAAUUCCAUUAGAAAAUAUACA